AUGGACCAAAAGAGAUAUGCCAAGUUUCAACAAAGCAAAUCAAGCCUUCCAAGAACCAUCUCAGUUAAACUUGAGAAAGCAACAGUGGUUGAUAAUGAUGAGAUUUGUGAUCCCGUUGCGCCAUCAAAAUUUGUUCUGAAGAACCUUCAGCUUUACACGGUCCACCCAAAUUUGGCGAAGUACUAUGAGCCUUUGAAGCCCACCGCCGUGCAGAAAUUCCUGGCUCGAAAUGGGAAAAUCAGAAGCUUCAUGUUGAAAGUAGCAGAGUAUGAUCAGGAUAAGACCUUACUGAUUAUGACCAACAACCCACUUCCCUGCCCAAUUGACCAGGAAGGAAAGGACAUGGCCCCAAAAUACUUCUCCAAGGAGUUGCUGCUCAAGGAAGGUCAUCGGCACAAGCCCGCUGAGAACUUCUGCCUACCCUUGAUGUCUCAGGAAAAAAAGUUACGAUCUGGGCUGAAACCACCCUUUCCUAUGACCCUGUCAGAGGAUCCUACAUCCAAGCGAGAACAGUGGUUUAGGUUUUCCACCGACCAUGAUUUCAAGAGCGAAGGGAAGUAUUUAAAGGUCUAUGCUUUGAGGAAACAGAAACAAAUGUAUCCCCAGCUCAACUUUUCUUCACUCUGUAAAAGAGAUAUGAGGAAAGAUGUCGCCAAGUCAGGGAGUGACCCGCCGACUUCCAAGAUGAUUUGGGAACCACUAACCCUUUCUUCGCUCCUGGAAGAGAAACCCAACAGAACUGUGCCAGGGGGGAGCAUGUUCCGCAAUGGAAGGGCCCAGCAGUGGGUUAUCAAAAACGCCACUGUCGUCAAGUGA